AUGGAUCCUUCAUCUCCAUUACCAACAUUUUUAGAUAUUGACCUGACAAUAUCACAUAUAGAAAUUUGUCCCAAGGACAUUCUGGUGAAAUUUCAAGGCAGAAGUAAUAUCGAAUGUGAGUUUGACUACCACAUAUUACAGAGGGAAAUACAGCAUAUUCCAAAAGUAAAAAAUAAUGUGGACAUUAAUGAAUAUUGUUUGGUAGAAGAAAGAGUAUCUGGAGAAUGGCAGAGAGGAAGAGUUUUGGAAAAGAAAAAUGAACUCUAUACGGUGCUCCUCAUAGAUCGUGGAGAAGAACUAAGAGUCGGUAGUAUGCAAGUUGCUUCAGCCUGUGGCAAGUUAUUUGACCUACCACCACGGAUAGUAUUUGGUGUUUUUGCAAACAUACUACCAAUUGGAGAGAAGUGGUCUCCAAGGGCUUUGAAUUAUUUCAAGUCAUUAGUAGGACUGCAAGUGAAAGGUUGUAUGCAAGCUAUGUUUCUUCUUCAAAUGAUUCUUCUUGAAGUACCAAAAAUUAUAUCCCAGGUUCUUGAAUUAAAAUUAGGAAGACUUAUUGAUGGGGAUUCAUUUUGUCUUAUUGUGGAAAUGUUAAAAGAAUUCCCACAACAAAUACCUGAUUUAUUACAACAUAAGAGACCUGAAUUACCAAUAAGUAAUAAUGAUACUUUACUUGAUAUCCAACAUGUUUUGGAUAAUUUGCAGCCAUCUUUGUCAAUAGGUAGUAUUGAAUGUGUAAAGGUAUCAUCUGCACUGAGUCCAAGUAAAUUUUAUUGUCAGUUAAUUAAAUGGAUUCCAGAGUUAGAAGACUUAACAAUAUGCAUGAAUUUACAUUAUGACCUUACCAGUCAGGAAAGUAGUCCUAUGUGUGAUAAUUUUGGGCUACUUUGUGUUGCCAGACGGAGAGAUGGGCAGUGGCACAGAGGUAUUCUUCAGCAGCUCUUGCCCAGUAAUCACGUGAAAAUCUGGUUUAUGGAUUAUGGCAGUAGUGAGGCUAUCCCCUCAAUUCAUGUAAAAAAACUUAAACAGGAUUUUAUAUCAGUACCAUUAUUUUCAUUUCCAUGUUCUCUCUCAUAUUUUCAUAGUCCAGAUAUAGAUGCAAGAAAACUUCAACUCAGUGUAUUAAAACAAGCUUUAUUAGGGCAAAUAGUAUAUGCACACAUUGAUUGGCAUAAUAAGGAUGAACAUUUGUAUUAUGUAACGUUACAAACUCAAGAGUCUACAAUUAAUUCUAAGUGUCUGCUGAAGACUGUAGGCACACAGGUACUUUGUCCAGUGUCUGAUUUAAAAAUCUCUAAUAUGUUGAGAGACACUAGUGCUUCUGAUGUAAAUAGCUUUGCAGUUGAGAGUUUUAUUGGAAAUACUGAACAGUUGAUAGACUCUUUAAAUAAAAAUGAUACUUUGAAAGUAGGUUUUCCUAUUAAAAAUGCAGAAAUGGAGAUAGGCACUGCCUACAUAGCUUCUGUGGCAUAUAUAUUAAACCCAUCAAAUUUCUGGGUACGCAUCGAUGAACAUCAGAGUGAAUUUCAAGAUAUAAUGAAAAAUAUAAAUAAAUUUUAUGAUUUUCAUGAAACUGAUGAACUAAUUCUAAGAAAUCCAGAACCUGGAUUAUUUUGUUGUGCGAGAUAUAGCAAGGACAGAUGUUUUUAUAGAGCUGUCAUCACUGAAGUUAAUGGUUCUAAGAUUAAUGUUUAUUUUUUGGAUUAUGGAAAUACUGAUUCCAUACCAUUUUUUGAUGUAAGAACUUUGCUUCCAGAGUUUUGUGAGUUGCCUGCAUUAGCCAUGUGCUGUUCACUUGCGCAUAUAUUUCCCGUUGAAGAUAUAUGGGUGAAGGCAGCAACUGAUUAUUUAAAAAAAAUUAUCUUGAACAAAGCAAUUUUGCUUCAGGUUAUAGCAAAAAAAGAUGACAAGUACACUGUAAAUAUUCAGAGUAUUGAAGCCUCAGAAAAUAUGGAUGUUGUCUCUCUUAUGGUACAAGCUGGAUAUGCGGAAUAUUGGGAAGUAGAACCAGAAUGUUAUCCAGAAUCUGUGAAUCAAUAUUCGGUAUUAAAUUUAAAAUCUAAAAACAAAGUUAAUAUUAAAAAGAUUUUAUCUGCCCUUCCUGAAGGACCUAAACCUAAAAAGUAUUAUUCAAGUAAGCUAAAAGAAAGUAAUUUGUCUUUGUUGAAGUCCCCAGCUGUUAACUUCUCAAAUUUAAAAAAUCCUUUCACCUUGUCUAUGGAUCCUGAGUCACCUUGGCCUUACAAAGAAUAUGUGUUUAAACCAGGGACCAUCCUUGAAGUUAAGUGUUCUUACUGUUGUGGUCCAGAUGACUUUUCCUGCCAGCUUCAGUGUAAGUUAGAUGACCUAAAAUUACUAAUGGAACAAAUUCAGACUUACUAUAGCAUUCAUUCUGAUCCUUAUCAGAUUGGGCAGAUUGCUUGCGUUGCUAAGUAUUCCAAAGAUAGGAAGUGGUACAGAGCUGCUGUUUUGACUCGAGUAUCAAAUAAAGAAGUUGAUGUAGUAUUUGUUGAUUAUGGUUAUCAGGAAAGAGUUUUAAUUAAAGAUCUUUGUGCGAUUAACCCAUAUUUUCUUUUUUUAGAAGGCCAAGCCUUCAGAUGUAGACUUAACCAUUUAGUUGAACUCGCUAGUUGUAAACUAUUAAGUUGGACAGGGGAAGCGUACAGAGACUUCAGGAAUUUUAUUUCUUUGUCUAGAGGGUUAUUGACUUGUGUCAUCUGUGCCUUGAUUAUCAUACAUUCAAAUCAUUUAUGUAAUUUGGUGGAUUUACAAUCUCCAUUUACUAGUGCAAAGGAAUUUCUUAUUAAUCAUGGCUCUGCCCAUUAUAGUACAUUAUUGAAACCAAUGCCAUCUCCAGUUAGUCUUUACAGUUACUGUUAUUCUUCCUUUGAUAUAAAAAUUGGAAGUGAGGAAGAAAUAUAUAUAUCCCAUAUAUAUAGUCCCAAAAAGUUUUAUUGCCAACUUAGUAGAAAUAAUAAAGACCUAGUGAUGAUAGAAACAAAAAUCACCGAGAUCAAUAACCUCAAAAGUUGUCCAAAAUAUUCUAGCAAAAGGAGAUUGUGCAUAUGUAAAUAUGUAGAGGAUGGUCUCUCUUAUAGAGCUUUAGCAAUGCCAAAAUCGGGUUCAUUUUCUGACUUUGUGGUCUAUUUUGUGGAUUUUGGAAAUAAGCAGUUAGCAGAAGGAAGUAUGCUGAGGGCUAUAUCUGAUCAGUUUCCAGAGCUGCUGUACACACCUGUGCAAGCUGUUAAGUGCUUUUUGUCAGACUUUAGAGAUGUAGACAUUCCAGCAGAAAUAAGCAGCUGGUUUGAAGAUAAUUUCUUGGGGAAACCAUUAAGGGCAGUAAUAUUGUCCAGGGAGUCAGAUGGCCAGCUUGGUGUGGAAUUGUUUGAUGGGUAUCAACAUAUAAAUCAGAAAAUUAAAAUGUUGCUUCAUGCUUAUGGAGAAAAACAUUGUGACCCAAGACACUGUGUGGAAAAGGGUCAUAAAAUAAAUGAGAAUAAGAGACUUGCUGUUUCUUUAAAAGGCCAAAUAGAAAACUAUCACCAUGAUAUGAUAAGUAAAACUAGUCUAGUAACAUAUUCUGAAAGCAAAAUACAGCAAUUAAUGAAUUCCAAAAGUAUAUAUGCCAGGCUUUUGAAACCAUCAGCUUGUUAUAAAAUUGAACCUGGGUCAAAAAACAAAGCAAAAAAGUCUUUGAAUGAUGGACUUAAAAAUAAAGGCAUAAAAAUUGUCCCUGGGUCCACACAUGCUCCUGAUGAAAGUGAUGUGGGCGGGAAAUCAGCCAGGGCCGCGCCACAGUCUUUUAUCAGGGAAUUAUGUCAGGUGGCCUCACAGAACCUGUAUAGUCUUCCAAGGCCACAGAUCAAAGACCUUCCUCAACCCAAAAUUCACUUGAAUGCCAAAGUUAAAGGAUAUGUUUCUAAUAUCAGUAAUCCAGCGAGUUUCCAUAUUCAUCUUGCUGAGAAUGAAAAUGUAAUCGUCAGACUUGCAGAUGCUCUGAAUGAAAGAAAAGCAGAUAUAAUGAGUGAGAGAAAAUCAGUUCAACAUAGGGUGGGAGAUCUUGUAAUUGCAGAAUACUCUGCUGACAGUGCCAUUUACAGAGCAGUCAUUAAGAAAAUUUUGCUCGGAAAUUUAUUUGAAGUGGAAUUUAUUGACUACGGCAACACUGAAGUAGUAAAUGUAUCUAAAAUUUAUGAAUUUAAGAGAGAAUUCUUAACCAUUCCUCAGCUAGGAAUCCAUUCCUUUCUUAGCGGAGUAAAGUGGAAUGAGCCUGGGGAAAUAUGGGACCGUCAAAUGGUAGAUUAUUUCACUUCCAAAGUAAGUGACAGAACAAUUUCUUGCGAAUUUUUGAAAAAGCAUGAGCAGAAAUGGGAAGUAAAUAUAAUUUGUGAUGAAAAAUGUGUCAUUAAUGAACUACUGAAGUGGACAGCAUGUUCAAAAUUACAGAAAACAGUAUUGCCAAUGCCUCAGGCUGUUCCUCAGAAGGCGAGGCCUGGUGCUGAGAGACAAGUGAAGAAAGGAAGAGCCAGUGAGUUUGAAAGUCCUGUGAUCCUUCACCCAUCCCACCAACAGCCAGUUUCUAUUCCUUCUGAACAGGUAAAACCUGGACAACUUGAAAAGGCCGAAAUACUUGGUGUUUCAAACAGUGGGGCAUUUUACGUGAAGUUAUCUAAAAAUAAAAAGAAAUUAUCAGAUUUAACAGUGUUAAUUGCUGAAGAAAUAAAGAAACCUUUUUCAUCAGUGGAAAAUAUUGAAAAAGGCUUAGAAUGCUUGGCAAAAUCUAAGAGUACUUUGAAGUGGUAUCGAUCUAAAGUAGAAAAAAAGUGCGUCGAUGAGAAAGUGCUUGUCUUUUUAGUAGAUUGUGGUAGGUAUGAAAUAGUGCCUUUAUGUAAUAUCAGGGUGCUUAGAAAAGAGAUUAGAAAUAUUCCAAGACAAGCUGUGCCUUGUAAAUGGAUUUGGUUUGAAAAUUUUAAGACCGUGCCAUUUGAGUCCGUUGUGCAUUUAUUUGCUCAGGUGGAAAUAGACAUCCUUUUCCUGAAAUGUGUAGACUCUGCCUGGGAGGUAGAAAUUUUGGUAGAUGGCCUGUUACUUUUGGAAUAUUUAAAUUCCAAUACAGUUCAUGUUGAAGAAAACAAACUUAGAUCUUCAGAAACUAAUUACAAUGUGGAAUCUAAGACUUCUGUGGCAUCAUGGACAAUAAGGUCAUUCACUUGGGCACAGCUCGAAAAUGGUAGGCGAUAUCCUGGUAUUGCCACUGCUGUUUCUGAUCCAUCAGACUUCUGCAUUCAGUUAGAAGAUUUCUUUGACACAAUGAAAUCUGUCUUUACCUUGCUUUCUGAUCUCCCAGAAAACUUACAAACAGUGUCUCAAGAGCACAUAGCUCCUGGUUCUAGUUGUUUGUUCAAAUAUGAAUCGGAAGAUCAGUGGAAUAGAGUAGAAAUUUCUGAAGUCUCUGAUCAGUCUUUACUUGUUGUGUUGAUUGACUAUGGAUUUUCCAUUCACAUACCUUAUUCAGGUAUGCACAAGCUUAAAGUUGUUCCCGAGGAACUUCUGAAUUUGCCAAGGCUAAGUUAUCCUUGUGUCUUACAUGGUAUCUUACCUGCUAAAGGGAAACACUGGAAUGAAGAGGCCAAAAGUUUCUUUCUAGAUUUCCUGAGUAAACCAGGCUUAGUUUUUCAGUUUAGGGAAUGUAGUUUUGAAACAAAACUGAAAGUAGAUGUCAUUCGUGACAAAAAUAGUCUGGCAGAUAUCUUAGUUGCAUCUGGCCUUGCCAUAUAUUCUAAAGAUUCAGAUCAUCUUCAUGUUACCUCUGUUGGAUCUACCAAAAUCCAAUAUAAAUUACAGAGGAAGCCUAUUUGCCCAUUGUUAGAUCAUAAUUGCUACAAAAGAGAACAUAUCAAUUGUACAUGCACCGAGAAACAGAAGCUCAAAAAGCAGAAAACUGUAAAGAAAAGAGAUGUCCGUAAGAACCUCUUAAGGAAAAGCCAAAAACAUAAUCCCCAAAGUACCAGUACAUUGGAUAAGUGUGCAGCAGCUUCAUGUUGGGAACUACCUACUGGUUUGAAGAAUAACACCAGCUGCACUGAAAAUUUACUCGAAAAGCUACCAAGUGAAGAGAUACAGGAAAAGGACACAAUGGACUCGAGAACAGCAGUAAAGGCGCUGCAUGUUAAUGAAGAAGUGGCAGAAGAACACUUAAAAGGGCUUGGUGGUGAUGAACUCCUUUAACUUGACCUUAUCUGGGAAGCACUUUAUCUGCCCUUCCAUUCUACACGAUAG